AUGUACUCAACAACACGUAACGAUAAUGUACCUCCACCUUCCUAUCAAGAUACAAUAAAUUCACCAAAUUAUGAUGGCCCCUUCAUACCAGAUGAUUUCAACUACUCUACUAAAGUUUACUCCUGUGAAUUGCCAGUUAGAGCCCAUUUCAUAAGUAAAGUGAUGAACAUUCUCUCUUUCCAGCUGUCUCUCACUCUAGCAUUUAUUUUACUAGCAUUCCAAUGGUCUUUCUUCCAUAACUUCAUGAUAAAUAAUGGCUUCAUGCUUAUCUUCUCCUUCAUAACAAGUAUAAUAACGUGUAUUUGGCUGUCUUUAAUGCCAAGACUGGAAAACUACGAGUCAAACCAAGAUAUCCCUUGGUAUGUGUAUGCGAAACGCGGUCAAUACGUCCUAUUAUCCGUCUUUACUUUGACCGAAUCCUGGUUGGUCACCAUUGUUACGCUAUCAUACAGAUAUGAAAUUGUGUUGAGAGCCAUUGUGAUAACCACAAUCCUUGUCCUGGCAAUCUCUGUGUUGUCCAGAUAUGAUAGACUGUCGUUCCUUGUAGAAUCAAACACGUCCAUUUAUUACUGGCUGAAUUGGUCACUUUGGAUCAUGAUUGGACUAGGGUUAACUAGUUUCUUUAUUCCAUGGAACGACAAAUGGGAUCUAUUGUAUGGUUGGUUUGGUGCAGUCUUGUUUUCCGUAUAUCUUUUGGUCGAUCUGCAGCUGGUGUUGAGGAAGGUACAUUGUGAUGAAGAGAUCCGUUGUUCAAUGAUGUUGUAUCUUGACAUCAUCAAUCUAUUUUUAUCUGUAUUGAGGAUCUUAUCUCACAAUGACGAAUAG